AACAGAAAAGAAGAAAAAAAACUUGAAAUCUCCGUUAAAAGAAAACAUGACGGCAAAAAAUCGGACCGAGACACGAGUUACACGACACUGAUUCACACGGACAGUUAUAUACAAAAAGGAUUUAUCUUUUUCUUUUUGGUAAAAAUAGGAUUUAUCUUUUUAUUGUUUCAUUUUCGGGAUCGAUGUCGGAGAAGGAAGAGCUUCCGUCGACAUCCAAGUCCGCCGGAGCUCUGUCGCGACCCACUUUAUCCCUUCCUCCACGGCCGUUUAGUGAGAUGUUCGUCUACGGUGGCGGCGUUGGUUUCAGCCCCGGUCCGAUGACUCUGGUCUCAAACAUGUUCUCCGACACCGAUGAGUCGAGUAGGUCUUUCUCUCAGCUCCUUGCCGGAGUCGUCAUGCCUUCCCCUGCUGCUGGUAGCGAAGGGAAUAAUAAUAGUAAUAGCUCUAGUAGUGGUGUUGUUGAUGUUGUUGACCCGAGAUUUAAGCAGAGCAGACCGGCCGGUUUGAUGGUUUCUCAGUCACCGUCUAUGUUCACUGCACCACCGGGCUUAAGUCCUGCGAUGCGGCUGGAUUCACCGAGCUUCUUGGGUCUUUUCUCUCCCCUUCAGGGAUCAUAUGGAAUGACACAUCAGCAAGCUCUAGCACAAGUCACAGCGCAAGCAGUUCAAGCCAAUGCCAUUAAUAUGCAACAACCUCAAACCGAUGAGAACCCUCCUUCCUCUCAGGCCCUCCAAUCAUUUUCAUCUGAUCAGGCUCAGAACCCUACCUCGGAUCAUAUAACCAUCAUCGAGCAAAGGUUGUCACAACGGCCUCUAAAUGUCGACAGACCAGCGGAUGAUGGCUACAACUGGAGAAAGUAUGGGCAAAAGCAAGUCAAAGGCAGCGAGUUUCCUCGAAGCUAUUACAAGUGCACCAAUCCGGGAUGUCCUGUCAAGAAGAAGGUUGAGAGAUCUCUCGAUGGACAGGUAACUGAGAUCAUCUACAAAGGUCAGCACAAUCACGAACCUCCUCAGAACACUAAGCGAGGCAACAACAAAGACAGCACAGCGAAUCUAAAUGGGAGCUCGGUUAAUAACAAAACUACGAGGGAACAACAUGAAGCAGCAAGUCAAGCUACAACGGAGCAAAUGUCUGAGGCAAGUGACAGCGAAGAAGUUGGUAAUGGAGAAAGUGGUGUGAGAGACGAGCCUGAUGCCAAGAGAAGAAGUACAGAUGUUCGAGUUCUGGAACAAGCUGCUGCUGUUGCUGCUUCACAUAGAACCGUGGCAGAGCCUAGAAUUAUUGUUCAGACAACAAGUGAGGUUGAUCUUUUAGAUGAUGGAUAUAGAUGGCGGAAGUAUGGACAAAAAGUUGUCAAAGGGAAUCCUUAUCCAAGGAGUUACUACAAGUGCACAACACAGGGAUGUGGAGUGAGGAAACAUGUGGAGAGAGCAGCAACAGAUCCAAAAGCUGUAGUAACAACAUACGAAGGAAAACAUAACCAUGACCCUCCAGCAGCUAAAUCAAGCAGCCAUGCCGCUACAGCAGCGGCGGCACAGUUAAGGCAUGGCGGUUUGGCUAACUUAAAUCAGCAGCAUCAGCAGCCAGUUGCGUGCCUAAGGCUGAAAGAAGAGCAAACAAUUUAAGGAGAAGAAAACUCUGUAUAUCUCAGAGUGUUCAUCAGAAAGGGUUGUUCUAUGUUGUUCUAUGUUCUGGUGUAGUACUUAAACGUCUUAGGGUUUAAGGUUUUCAGAUUUCUGUUGACUUAUAUGUAUUCUUUUGUACAUGAAGAAGAAAAUUACAGGAGAGUUAUUUGUUGUGUCUUUGUGUUAUUGAUUCAGAAGAUAGUUACACGUUGUGUGGAUGAGGUUUUAUAUGUUGUAAUAUCAAACUGGACUUUUUGUUUGUUUAUUAGUAUACUGUUGUAAUCUGUC